GGUUUGAGAGAUUUUCAGAAGAAACAGGAGCUUCUUUGACUGCUGUAUCGAGGUCAAACUCUUAGGAAAGCUUUUUCUGCAGUUCUCAUUUUUGUUUCAGCUUGUUGAAAAUGGCGGGUGUAAGCAACUGCAUGAAGUACUCCAUGUUCAUCUUCAACUUCUUAUUUUGGGUCUGUGGUUCCAUCAUUUUAGGAGUCUCAAUAUGGAUACGUGUUGGCAUAGAUGAUCAGCAGGAGAUAAACAGCAACAUGUUAGUAGGAGCUAAUCUGCUGAUAGCCGUGGGCUCCAUCAUUAUGGUCCUUGGUUUUCUGGGGUGCUGUGGUGCCAUAAAGGAGAGCCGGUGCAUGCUGCUGCUGUUUUUUAUUGGACUGCUUUUGAUCCUGAUCCUUCAGAUCGCAGGAGGUAUUUUAGGAGCUGUGUACAGAUCUCAGAUUGAAGAAGCCGUUAAGUUGUCUCUCGAGCAGAAUGUGUAUUUACUGCAAAGCUCUUCAGAAGAAGCUAAAGAAUUUCAAGAGAGUUUCCAGAAGUUUGAGCAAAUGAACCAGUGCUGCGGUUUGGUGAAUGGACCUACAGACUGGGGGAAAAAUUUUAAUACUGCUUUUGGUAGCAGUAAAGCCUGUGAGUGUGAACAAAAGGACCCACCAAAAGACCUCUGCGUUUACUUUCAAAGCAGAUAUGUUUAUAAAACGCCUUGUGAACAUGCCAUUAUCAAAUACCUUAAAGAAAAUCUGCUCAUAAUUAUGGGAAUUGCCUUUGGACUGGCCGCUAUUGAGAUUCUUGGUUUGGUGUUUUCUAUGAGCCUCUACUGUCAGAUCCAGAGAAAAUGAAAUGUGGAAGUGUCAGAAAGAUGUGACCAGCCAAAUAAAAACCUUUGUAGAUAGAGGGAUAUUUGGCUUGGCACAUUCAGAUAAAUAUAUGCAUGUCCCAGGCAGCUGUUCUGAUGAAAACAGCAGCCCUUGUGCACAUGGAUGCUUCACAAUUUGCAAAAUGACCUCCUUAUACUUCAUAAGAUUUAAUGAUGUGAAUGUGAAUUU